UUUUAAUUCAGUACUCUUCGACGCGUAGCAGAGGAGGUAGACGCCGUCGAAUCGAAUAUCCCGCGAAUAAUAAAACUGGCGGUGGUAAAAAAACAAAUUGGAAUAGGGAAUUAUUGAACGAAAAAGAAGAAAUUCGGGGCAGAAAAAAAGGAGAACGGAAGCAGAAAAGUUGAAAUUUCGGAAAUGGUUAUCUCCUAGAUCGUUCAUCUUUUUCGCUUUGUUUCAGUUUUGUUGAUUGAUUUGUUUUUUUUGUUUUUUCUCUAUUCGAUUCCGAUAGAUAAAUAUCAGUUGGCAGGGUCGCGAGUCGAGUGACGGUACAUUCGAGCUGAAAUGAAUUCCAUUCGCAAUUCCAAAUUUAGCCUGUGAAUUGGAACUUGAAGUGUUUCGUCGGCUGAAUAAUACCGAAGAAAAUUAAAUCACGGAAACUUAGCGGGUGAACCGGUCUAAUUAAAUUAAUUCAUCUAGGAACUGAUAGAGAAAACUGUUAUUAUAAUACCUUACAGUCUACUGUAUACGUGUAUACAUGUUUUUACCAACGGUUGUUGGAUAAUUCUGAUCGUCGGCACAUCCGGGCCGAACGCGUAAUUUUCGUCAUGAGUCUGCGAUGGAUACAAGAAAAUCAAGAGGCUCCUAUAUGCGACGAAGAAUCAAGUGACAUCGAUGACAGUAGCGGUUCGGAUUCGGAAAAAGAUCAAGUAGAUCUUCGCGUGAUCGGCCUCGGCGAUAAAGAAGAAGACGACGACGAAGAAGAAAAUGAAGAAGAAGAAGAAGGUCAAGAUGCGGAAGGCGAAAAUCGAGGGAUUAGAAAAAAACGCGAAACAUUUCGCCAUCCCACUACCACGGUGUCCCUGAAAAAUAUAAGAAAGAAUGCCCUGCGCCAAGGUUACGAUCCAAAUAUUCAGAUGGGUAAUCCAACGUACGGUCCGGUGAUGCAGAUUCAUUCCAUGACGGGUUAUCGCCUGGCAAUUUUACCCUCUGGAAAAGUUCGCGGAUUCGACAGCGACAGUAAUAAAUAUGCUCUUCUAAAAGUGACUUCGGUCGCUAUCGCAGUCGUACAAAUUCAGGGUAUCGAAACCGGGCUCUACUUGGCGUUCGAUGAGAGAGGUCGUUUGUACGGAGAGAAAAAUAAAGAAAACGACAACACAACGUGGCAGCAUUUAUCGAUUGGUUCUUACGACUCUUAUCUGUCGAAAAAAUACAUGGACCGAGAAUGGUACGUCGGUAUAAAAUCGAACGGACGUCCAAAAAACGGUCAAAAGACAGCGAUCAAUCAAAAAGCGACUAAAUUUCUACCGAUACGAUGAUAUACAGUAUUAAAGUAAUCAACUAACUAACGUAUAACGCUUCCUCGACACGAGAAGUUUUAUUAAUUUUCUUUCCUUUUCUUUUUUUUUUUUUUAUACCUAGUUGUAGCUAACGAUUAGCCUCUCGAUAAAGCAAAAUUCAAUUAAAUCUGAUGUAAUAACGAACAAUAAACGUACGAAUGUUAAAUUAUUUCGUCGUACUUUUACUGGUCCUUCGA